AUGGCCCCUGCACCAAAGACCAAGACCAAGGGCGGAAGGUCCGCUCUCGCCGAUGUUGUCGCCCGCGAGUACACCAUCCACUUGCACAAGAGGAUCUUCGGUGCCAGCUUUAAGAAGCGGGCUCCUAAGGCCAUCAAGGAGAUCAAGGCCUUCGCCUUCCAGGCUAUGGGAACCGAGGAUGUCCGUGUCGACCCUCUGUUGAACAAGGAGGUCUGGAAGCAGGGAAUCAAGGGCGUUCCUUACCGUCUCCGUGUCCGUAUCUCUCGCCGACGUAACGACGAGGAGGGUGCCAAGCACAGACUCUACUCAUACGUCCAGGGAGUCAACGUCAGCGCCAAGAACACAAAGGGGCUGAACACAUCAGUUGUCGAGGAAUAA